AGAGCUCUCUGCUCCCUGAAAUCUGGACUCUGGGACCGCAGGAGGCUCUUGGAAGCCUGACUCCGCAGCCGUGCCUGCUCGGCUUCGUAGGGAUCAGGCUUGCAAAGCGACAUCACCUCUCUCUUUCUUUUCUCGAGUCCUUCUGAGAUGACGGCUCUGGGUGCAGUGGGAGCUGCCCGGGUCUUGGUCACCCUGCUGGCGGUGUCUCUUUGCGGUCAUCCUCUGCUGGGAGUGAGCGCCACCUUGAACUCGGUUCUCGUCAAUUCCAACGCCAUUAAGAACCUGCCCCCACCGCUGGGCGGCGCUGCUGGGCACCCAGGCUCCGCUGUCAGCGCUGCUCCCGGAAUUCUAUACGAUGGUGGUAACAAGUACCAAACCAUUGACAACUACCAGCCGUACCCCUGUGCCGAGGACGAGGAGUGUGGCACGGAUGAGUACUGUGCGAGUCCCACUCGAGGAGGGGCUGCCGGCGCGCAAAUAUGCCUUUCCUGCAGGAAGCGCAGAAAACGCUGCAUGCGUCAUGCUAUGUGUUGCCCGGGGAAUUACUGCAAAAAUGGAAUAUGUAUGCCUUCUGAUCACAGUCAUUUCCAUCGAGGGGAAAUUGAGGAAACCAUUAUUGAAAGCUUUGGUAACGAUCAUAGCACUUUGGAUGAACUACAGCACUCCAGAAGAACUACACUCUCUUCAAAAAUGUAUCACACCAAAGGACAAGAAGGCUCUGUUUGUCUCCGAUCAUCAGACUGUGCUACAGGAUUGUGUUGUGCUAGACACUUCUGGUCCAAGAUCUGUAAACCUGUUCUUAAAGAAGGUCAAGUGUGCACUAAACACCGACGAAAAGGUUCCCAUGGGCUGGAGAUAUUCCAGCGUUGUUAUUGUGGAGAAGGUCUAUCUUGCCGGAUACAGAAAGAGCACCAUCAAACCAGCAAUUCUUCCAGGCUUCACACCUGCCAGAGACACUAA